AAGAUUUGAGUAAGUUAAUCUUUCCUCCUUUAAUGGUUGUAUUUUUCUCUUGUAGGUUAAUUUAAGAGAAAAAAAAUGGCCCUGUUAGCCCAGCAGAUACCGAGAUGUUUCAACUCAAUUAAAUUGAGUAGCUUCAUUAAAGCCACACAAAUCACAAAACAUUCUCCGAGACCAAGACAAACGUUGUUGAAUGGCCUCGUGGCUCCGGCUCUGUUGUCUUCUGACACUUGCUUUCUCCAGUGGGGAAUUAAGACUUACAGGACUUCCUCCUCGUGGAGUAGUUUCCAGUCCGCCAACCCACAUAGGCACAAGAGUUCUGCCCAAAGCACUCUGCUUCCUUCAGUAAGUGAACGGCCAGAGAGGAUACCAAGUCUUGAAUCAGAGCUGCCUCCUGAAGAACUGGAGGACUUACCCCCAUUGUGUCCGUUACAGCCAGUUUCAGAGGAAGUGGCUAUUCAGAUUGCUGCACACCCUCUGUUGCCCCUAUCCUCCUUUACGCUUGGAGACUACAUAGAUCAUUCUGAGACUCUGCAACAGCUGGUAAAACUUGGAGUGGAUUUGUCUAAGAUAGAAAAACAUCCAGAUGUAGCCAAUCUCCUUCUAAGGCUGGAUUUUGAAAAAGACAUUGGGCAAAUACUCCUAUUUCUUAAAGAUGUGGGUUUAGAAGAUAACCAGCUGGGAUCAUUUCUGACAAAAAACUGUGCUAUUUUCUCUGAAGACAUUGAAAAUCUUAAGACCAGAGUAGCUUAUCUACAAUCAAAGAAUUUCAGUAAGACAGAUAUUACACGGAUGGUCAAAAAUUCACCAUUUCUGUUGAACUUUUCUGUGGAACGACUAGAUAACAGACUGGGAUUUUUUCAGAAAGAACUUGAACUGAGUGUGAAGAAGACUAGAGAUCUUGUUGUUCGUCUUCCAAGGCUACUAACGGGAAGUCUGGAGCCUGUGAAAGAAAAUAUGAAGGUUUAUCGCCUUGAACUUGGUUUUAAACAUAAUGAAAUUCAACAUAUGGUCACCAGAGUCCCAAAGAUGCUUACUGCAAACAAAAGGAAACUAGUGGAGAGUUUUGAUUAUGUACACAACGUGAUGAAUAUUCCCCACCACAUCAUUGUCAAGUUCCCACAGGUAUUUAAUACAAGAGUAUUUAAAAUUAAAGAAAGACAUUUGUUUCUUGCAUACUUGGGAAAAGCACAGUAUGAUCCAGUGAAGCCUAAUUAUGUCUCUUUGGACAAGUUUGUAUCUAUUCCUGAUGAAGUCUUCUGCAAAGAGAUUGCCAAAGCUUCAGUAAGCGAUUUUGAGAAAUUCUUAAAAACUCUUUAGUUUUUGAUGAAUGUUUACAUAUAUUGUUUUAAAAUAAAUACAUAUAUGAAUAAAUCAAUGUGUUUUUAAGAUAAUUGCCUCA